GCUGACAGCGUUUCACGAAGCAUCAACCUUUCUUGAUGGACCCAUUCAUCAAAUAAAAUAUGCUUGUACUAUUCGUAAAAGAUUAUUAUUUCAUCAUAGAAAAAUUCAUCCCGAAAAUGAGAUUUAACGGGGUGAUUUAAGUAGUGGAUAUUUAAGGUAUCCCAUCAAAUCAUUGAACGAAUGGAUAAAUAUUAAAUAGAUUAAUGCCAAACACUGUUUUUCACCCAGGAAGAUUUUAUCUUGAGAGAAAAAGAACUUUGUUUUCUGAAAUGAAGAGUGAGAGACAAGAAGAGACUUCAGAGAGGUGAAGAUAUUAGUAAAUAAACAAUGGCAAUUGUUAUUCUUGUGAAGAUAACUCAAUGAUGUGAAAUCCUUCACAGAUCCAUGAUUUUGGUCCUAAGACAUCCUUUUUUUGAUGGGACUCAUUAAGAGAAGUAGGACCUUUUCAUUCAAACCACAGUGACAGAAUUUGUAAUCAUUGGCAUGAAUGGCUUAAUGCAGGAAAUAAGCUUUGAUCUAAAUCCAAAAGUGCGGUCAUUUUUGUGAUGCUCUUAUUUUGAAAACCUCUUUAUAACCAUUUAAAAAGAAUUGACAGCUAUUUUUAAAGAUUAAAGAAAGGCAGAUGUCUGCAAAUAAUUCCCCUCCAUCAGCCCAGAAGUCUGUUUUACCUGGAACAAGUCCUGCUGUGCUUCCAACUUCUUCUCCGGGUUCAAGUCCUAAGACAGGAUUCUCUGCCCGACUCUCUAAUGGCAGCUGCAGCGCACCAUCUCUCACCAACUCCAGAGGCUCUGUGCAUACAGUUUCAUUUCUACUGCAGAUCGGCCUCACACGGGAGAGUGUUACCAUUGAAGCCCAGGAACUGUCUUUAUCUGCUGUCAAGGAUCUUGUGUGCUCCAUUGUUUAUCAAAAGUUUCCAGAGUGUGGAUUCUUUGGCAUGUAUGACAAAAUUCUUCUCUUUCGCCAUGACAUGAACUCCGAAAAUAUUUUGCAGCUGAUUACCUCAGCAGAUGAAAUACAUGAAGGAGAUCUAAUAGAAGUUGUUCUGUCAGCUUUGGCCACAGUAGAAGACUUCCAGAUUCGUCCACAUACUCUCUAUGUACAUUCUUACAAAGCUCCUACUUUUUGUGAUUAUUGUGGUGAGAUGCUCUGGGGAUUGGUACGUCAGGGGCUAAAAUGUGAAGGCUGUGGAUUAAAUUAUCAUAAAAGAUGUGCCUUCAAGAUUCCAAAUAACUGUAGCGGAGUAAGAAAGAGACGUCUGUCAAAUGUAUCUCUCCCAGGACCUGGCCUCUCAGUUCCAAGACCUCUCCAGCCUGAAUGUGUACCCCUGCUCAGCGAAGAGUCACAUAUCCACCAAGAACCAAGCAAGAGAAUUCCAUCUUGGAGUGGUCGCCCAAUCUGGAUGGAAAAGAUGGUACUGUGCAGAGUAAAAGUUCCACACACGUUUGCUGUUCACUCUUACGGCCGCCCCACAAUAUGUCAGUACUGCAAGCGGCUACUGAAAGGUCUUUUUCGCCAAGGAAUGCAGUGCAAAGAUUGCAAAUUCAAUUGCCAUAAACGCUGUGCAUCAAAAGUACCAAGAGACUGCCUUGGGGAGGUUACUUUCAAUGGAGAACCUUCCAGUAUGGGAACAGAUACAGAUAUACCAAUGGACAUUGAUAGUAAUGACAUGAAUGCUGAUGGUAGUCGCAGUUUAGAUGACACAGAAGAGCCAUCUCCUCCAGAAGAUAAAAUGUUCUUUCUGGAUCCAUCUGAUCUCGAUGCAGAACGAGAUGAAGAAGCUGUUAAAACCAUCAGUCCAUCAACAAGCAAUAACAUCCCACUAAUGAGGGUUGUACAGUCUGUCAAACACACAAAGAGGAAGAGCAGCACAAUGGUGAAGGAAGGGUGGAUGGUCCACUACACCAGCAGAGAUAAUCUGAGAAAGAGGCAUUAUUGGAGACUUGAUAGCAAGUGUCUAACAUUAUUUCAAAAUGAAUCUGGAUCAAAAUAUUAUAAGGAAAUUCCACUUUCAGAAAUUCUACAAGUAUCUUCGCCACGAGAUUUCACAAACAUUUCACAAGGCAGCAACCCACACUGUUUUGAAAUCAUCACUGACACUAUGGUAUACUUUGUUGGUGAAAACAAUGGGGACAGCUCUCACAAUCCUGUUCUUGCUGCCACUGGAGUUGGACUUGAUGUAGCACAGAGCUGGGAAAAAGCAAUUCGCCAAGCCCUCAUGCCUGUGACCCCUCAAGCAAGUGUUUGCACUUCUCCAGGGCAAGGGAAAGAUCACAAAGAUUUGUCUACCAGUAUCUCCGUAUCUAAUUGUCAGAUCCAGGAGAAUGUGGACAUCAGUACCGUUUACCAGAUCUUUGCAGAUGAGGUCCUUGGUUCAGGCCAGUUUGGCAUUGUGUAUGGAGGAAAACAUAGAAAGACUGGAAGAGAUGUGGCUAUUAAAGUAAUUGAUAAGAUGAGAUUCCCCACAAAGCAAGAAAGUCAGCUCCGUAAUGAAGUGGCUAUUUUACAGAAUUUGCACCAUCCUGGGAUUGUAAACCUGGAAUGUAUGUUUGAAACUCCAGAGCGAGUCUUUGUGGUAAUGGAAAAACUACAUGGAGAUAUGUUGGAAAUGAUUCUAUCUAGUGAGAAAAGUCGGCUUCCAGAACGAAUUACUAAGUUUAUGGUCACACAGAUACUUGUCGCUUUGAGGAAUCUACAUUUUAAGAAUAUUGUGCACUGUGAUUUAAAGCCAGAAAAUGUGCUGCUUGCAUCAGCAGAGCCAUUCCCUCAGGUGAAGCUGUGUGACUUUGGAUUUGCACGCAUUAUUGGUGAGAAGUCAUUCCGGAGAUCAGUAGUAGGAACUCCAGCAUACUUAGCCCCUGAAGUUCUCAGGAGUAAAGGUUACAACCGUUCUCUAGAUAUGUGGUCAGUGGGAGUCAUCAUCUAUGUGAGCCUCAGUGGUACAUUUCCAUUCAAUGAGGAUGAAGAUAUAAAUGACCAAAUCCAAAACGCUGCAUUUAUGUACCCACCAAAUCCAUGGAGAGAAAUUUCUAGUGAAGCAAUUGACUUGAUAAACAACCUGCUUCAAGUGAAGAUGAGGAAACGUUACAGUGUUGACAAAUCUCUUAGCCAUCCUUGGCUACAGGACUAUCAGACAUGGCUUGACCUGAGAGAGUUUGAAACUCGCAUCGGGGAACGUUACAUUACACAUGAAAGUGAUGAUGCUCGCUGGGAAAUCCAUGCAUACACACAUAACCUGGUAUACCCACAGCACUUCAUUAUGGCUCCCAAUCCAGAUGACAUGGAAGAAGAUCCUUAAUUAUCAAUGAACUAACUU